UACUAAUUAGGGUUUAUCUUUCCUCUCUCUCGUUUCUAACACUCACAAGAGAGAAUCACAGCACAGGUUUUACUCAGUCUCAGCGCCACUCCGGUCUGCACAGCCAACCAUCCCCGGUCUCUCGCUGUCUCACUCCCUCCCUCCCUCAAAUUGAGGUUUUUGCUGCGACUAGCCUUUUCUCUUUCCAACAUAUCAUACCGAUUACAGAAUGAGUAGGUCAGGGCAGCCACCGGAUCUUAAGAAAUACAUGGACAAGAAGCUUCAAAUCAAGUUGAAUGGCAAUCGCAUGGUUGUUGGGACUCUUAGGGGAUUCGAUCAGUUCAUGAAUCUAGUGGUUGACAACACUGUGGAAGUAAAUGGAGAUGAGAGGAAUGAUAUAGGCAUGGUGGUUAUUAGGGGAAAUAGUGUGGUUACUGUUGAAGCUCUUGAACCUGUUACCAGAACACAGUGAGGUGCGGCUUUGUAGUUGGUAGUGCCAUAUGAAUUCUUGGCUGGUAUUAGUUUGAACAUAUAACUGCUAUAAUGGGAAGGAAAAUGUUUUGUAAUUUUGGAUUUGAUGUUAAUUAACCAGGUUCCUUCUAUGAGUACUCCGUUCCUAUUUCCAGCAUUUGUUCCUGGUAUUGUACUUUGAAUCAUAUGAACUAGCUGUGAAUUCUUACCUGGCUUAUAUACCACCAUUUGCUCCA